AUGUUGAUUUCUCUUGAACGUUCUUCUGGAGUGAUUAACAGCGUGCUCGACGAUCAGUCCUUUCUCAGAGACACGAGGACGCCGCAGACCGAGAGGACAGCGCCGCCGCCCGUGUUGAAUAGGGCCAUUCAAUGGAAAGCUGAGGAGUUCAUCUUCUCUUCUCCGGUCGAGAGCAAGUCAAUAGGAGGACUCGGCGGAGUCUGUGCGUCAAGAGUAAGGGCGUCAUUCUCAACGAGCCAGCACGCUGGCUUGAGCACAAGCGCAGUCCAGGACUCAAAACACACGCCUGAGUCUGCUUACUGUCGCACUGUGACUGGUCCCGAGACGGCUCUUCGCACGCUCACCGGCGACCAGCAGCGCACGAAAGCGUAUCACUACAGCACAGGCAUCCAGAGGGAGCUCAGGCGACGUGUAGACCGGCCUGGAAGCGCCGAGCUCUUCACUAUACCCAGCCGUGUGCUAGCGAGCUCGACGGACAUCGCCACGACUUUCAGUCUCGCAUCCAGCAUAGUUUGCAGUCGUACCGCAAUAGAACGCAAGGAGAGCUCAAUGAGCCCCGCGGACUCAGACGGGACGCCGAUAUAUCAGUCGCAUCAGAGACCCGAAGUCUGCAAGGCAUAG